AAUUUCACUUUCUGCUCUUCCCACUUUUUUCAACACAAAACUAUAAAUUCACGAAAAGCAAAAAGAAAAAAAAAACACAGAAAAUUCACAGCCCUUCUUUCUCAGUUGAUCUGUACUUAGCCAAACAGUACUUGUCUGAUUUCAUCACCUAUACUGCUGCUGCAGCAGCUAUAAACUAACACUUCUCAGUGUCUUGUCCAGUUCCAGUUACAUAACGGUUUUUUAUCCCGAUUUUACCCUCACUAUCAUCUCUAUUUACACUCGGAACUAACACACACCACCAGCUCAAUUAAUAUCUUGUUAUCCGUUAGAUCCGCAAACUAGACCAUGAUUUCAUGGCACGAUCUCUACACCGUCUUCACCGCGGUGGUGCCGCUCUACGUAGCCAUGAUCCUCGCCUACGGUUCCGUCCGGUGGUGGAAGAUCUUCUCACCGGACCAAUGCUCCGGCAUUAACCGUUUUGUCGCAAUCUUCGCGGUCCCUCUCCUCUCUUUCCACUUCAUUUCAACUAAUAACCCGUAUGAUAUGAACUUUCGGUUCAUCGCUGCGGACACUCUUCAGAAAAUUAUAAUGCUAGUCGUGCUAGCUAUUUGGACUAACGUCUCGAGAAAUGGUAGUCUCGAAUGGAUGAUCACGAUUUUUUCACUGUCCACGUUACCGAACACUCUUGUGAUGGGGAUUCCGUUGUUGAUUGCUAUGUACGGGGACUAUUCGGGGAGUCUGAUGGUACAAGUUGUGGUGCUGCAAUGCAUCAUUUGGUACACGUUGUUAUUAUUUUUGUUCGAAUAUCGAGGCGCGAAGAUGCUGAUUAUGGAGCAGUUUCCGGAGACGGCUGCGUCGAUUGUGUCGUUUAAAGUUGAAUCGGAUGUGGUUUCGUUAGACGGUCAUGAUUUUUUGGAAACGGAUGCGGAGAUUGGAAAUGAUGGGAAGCUUCAUGUGACAGUUAGGAAAUCGAAUGCGUCGCGGAGGUCGUUAGGUUUAGGUUCGGGGAUGACGCCGAGGCCUUCGAAUUUGACGGGAGCUGAGAUUUAUAGUUUGAGUUCGUCGAGGAAUCCGACGCCUCGAGGUUCGAAUUUUAAUCACAAUGAUUUUUAUUCGAUGAUGGGGUUUCCUGGUGGCAGGCUUUCGAAUUUUGGUCCUGCUGAGAUGUAUUCGGUGCAAUCUUCGAGAGGUCCGACUCCUCGGCCUUCGAAUUUCGAAGAGAAUUGUGCUCCGGGUGGAGUGGCUACGACCGCGUCGCCGAGGUUUGGAUUUUAUCCAGCUCAGGCCGUGCCAGCUUCUUAUCCUGCGCCGAAUCCUGAUAUUUCAGCAGCCGUUGUGAAUAAAGUUGCGAAACCUGAAUUGUCACAGCAUCAGCAGAAUGUAUUGCAAACUAAAGGAAGUCACGAUGCAAAGGAGCUACACAUGUUCGUGUGGAGCUCAAGUGCAUCUCCGGUGUCUGAUGGCGGCGGGCUCCAUGUCUUCGGUGGCCCGGAUUUCGGAGCUUCCGAACAAUCAGGACGGUCAGAUCAGGGAGCCAAGGAAAUCAGGAUGUUGGUCGCUGAUCAACCACAAAACGGGGAUACAAAAGCCAUUCCGGGAACUGAGGACUAUAACAGGGAGGACUUUAGUUUUAGUGGUGCUAAAGACAAUGGAGACGAGGAAAGAGAAAAGGAGGGACCACUUGGACUUUCAAAACUGGGUUCAAGCUCUACAGCUGAGCUCCACCCUAAAGGAGCCGGAGGAGCUCACGAUAAACACAUGCCUCCGGCAAGUGUUAUGACCCGUUUGAUCUUGAUUAUGGUCUGGCGCAAGCUUAUAAGAAAUCCCAACACUUAUUCCAGUCUCAUUGGUCUCAUCUGGUCCCUUGUUUCAUUCAAGUGGGAUGUGGCAAUGCCGAAAAUAAUAGAAAAGUCGAUCUCAAUAUUAUCUGAUGCAGGGCUCGGUAUGGCUAUGUUCAGCUUAGGUUUGUUUAUGGCUCUGCAACCCAAGAUAAUUGCCUGUGGGAAUUCAGUGGCCACAUUUGCUAUGGCUGUCAGAUUCCUCAUCGGGCCGACUGUCAUGGCCGCCGCUUCUAUCGCCGUCGGCCUCAGGGGUACCCUUCUCCACAUUGCAAUUGUACAGGCUGCGCUUCCUCAAGGGAUUGUUCCAUUCGUGUUUGCUAAAGAAUACAAUGUUCAUCCAGCCAUUCUUAGCACCGGGGUUAUUUUCGGAAUGUUGAUAGCUCUGCCGAUCACUCUCCUGUACUACAUUAUUCUUGGAUUGUAAUGAUCGAUAAAAGGGUUCUCUGAGAGAUGGACAACUUUGGUAGAGUGGUAGGGCUGUGUGAAAGCUUACAACAGGGAAUUGAUCUGCACCCAAGGGGAUUAAAAGGAAAGUAGGAAAAAUGGGGUGAAGCGUUUGGAAUCUUGACACUUCGAUAUUUUAACAAGUGUCUUGAUAUCGACUUGGUUGAUGUGUGCCCUGUCCUAAAUUAAAGUAAAAAGAUGGUCAAGUAGACGUCGAAAGGGAGUAAGAAGUCAUGCAAGUUAGGCAGCUAGCACAAUGAAGAUCGACAUAGACGCAUUAGUUAUCAAGGUGAUAAUUAGCCAUUUUUACUCGUGUAAAUUAGUUUAGUUUUUUUUUUCCCUGUCUAUUCUUGUAAUGAGUAAGGACUAUGUACACCUUUAGCAUGGAUGUAGAGAAUGAGUGUGAAGCAGUUGUUUGUUUUUCAAACUGGAGCUAGUAACUUUUUUUGAAUAUUAUUCCUUAUUUUUGGCUUAAA